GAAAUGUAGUAGGAGAAUAAGGUCUUCAGAAUUCGCUCCACAAAAAGCUUACCAAAUAUACAACGGAAAUGCAAGAGGAGCUUUACAGUUUGUUUCCUGCCAGCAACUCAAAGUGUCAAACUACAGGACAGAAGGUGAACUGUGGGGUGAACAGUGACAGUACUGUUGCAGUUUGUGGCAGAAUCUGACUGGCAGGCUGGCACAUGAACAAAAUUGCAAAACUGUUCAGAACAUACUACAGAGAACCUGCUCUGACAGAGGAGCAAAAGUGACUCAUCCUAGUUCCUAGCAGGAAGUUAAGGGUACCGAGGGGAGAUGUUGCUGGUGUUGGUGUCCCUGCUUUGCUGUGUCCCUGCUGCCAAGGCCUGUUUGCAGUGUGACCUCAGGGUCAGGCUCCUACAUGAGGACUUAGUCCUCUCUGCUCCCACUGUGGACAACCAGAUUGAAUUGAAAAAGAUUUGUGACCAUGCCUAUGUGACCUACAGAGAGACCAGCCAGAUACGAAAGGGAGUCAUUGAUCCCACCACUCUGUACAGAGCCACAACUGAGUACCAGAGUGAAUUUGACCGCUUCUUGAAAACCAAGGACACUGGAUCUGUAACAUUCGAAGCCAUUCAGAUCAUGGAGAAGGGCAGGAAAAUCUUAGAGAAACACUUGGACACAUUCAUCCGUGAUGGAUUGUGUCCCAACAAGUGUGGGCUUUUGAAACAGAGAGUAAUGGAUUGCAUCUCUUGCCACUACAAGAUAUACAUCUGUCCCUCUCCUUCUGGCCAACAGGAUUGCGGUGAGUAUCCAGUGCAGGCUGAGGAGGGAGGCCAGGCAGUGUUGAACUGUUCUUCAUGGCAUCGUCUACUGUUGGGAAGACCAGAGUACCACUACUCCUGGGCCCCUGGUGUGCCAGAAACGGAAAAGCUGACUGAGAGCAACUUCAAAGCCUUGGUAGUGACAGACGACUCAUCUGUGGUCUUAAAUCAGCUGCAUGUGGAUGAACAAGGAACGUAUCGCUGCUCUUUGCAGGACGAAAAUGGAACCGUCUUCUACCGAGUCACUUUCCUGCUCGCUGUCACCCCUUUGCCUGUCCAAAUUCACCGACCUGUCAUCACUCUGCCCUCCCUGCCUCAUGGAAACAACUACUCACCUUUUCUACCUACUGAGGAGGGCCUGCUGAUGCCAGUCAUCGCCGUGUUUACUGCUCUGAGUCUGGCAGCCUGCGUAGGCAUUACAGUUGUCCUGGGAUUUAUUAUAAAUCAGAGGAGAGCUGUGAACAAGCCGAGAAGAAAGAGGAAGGAGGAAAACCACACACAAAACACGGUGUGAUGGAGACACUGCGCACAGUAAACACACACUCUAAAGACAGGGAGGUUUUACUCAUUUCAGGUUGGACAUUUCUCUCUGUGGCUAAAUAAAUUUCCAAGCACAAAGUGCCAAGUCAUGUCUAGAAAUUUCAUGUAAGUGUGAAAACAUGUUCACUACUCGCAGAUGUGGCUCUGCGAAGCGUAUAAUGUGUUUAGAUGUUUUUGAAAUAUAUUGAUUAACUUAAAACAAAAACAUAAAAACUUAAGGAUUGCCGAUCUCACUCAUAAAAAGAAAGUUUGUGGUGCAACAUAACAAAGCGUGACACACCCACUUAAACACACACAAAAUCCCCCAGAAAGCACUCAACUUUCCAUAGCAUUAAGCACCAGCUUGCCUUAAACACGAUCACUGAUCUGACCCUGGCAGGGACACGUUCCCCCUGAAUGGAGCGAUGGCAUGGUCACGUGGGUGUUUAUGAGAGGAAUCAGGGAUGAGGUAAAUCUCCCGGAUUACAGUUUUUUUCAGAGAUUAACAGCCCCAGCCAUCCAAUCAAUCCCGAAUAAUCCCCUGUUGGAGGAGGAGGGAGACAGGAGGGGUAAAAAGAUAGCAGCAGAUGUUUUCAUCAGGGUUUCUUUGAAUGUUUAGUCACCCAUUCAGAGAUUGAGUAAGAACAAACUUUUUGCUUUAUGUGUUCUUAUCAGUCUGAAGACACCAUUUUCUUGCCACACCAUCAAUAGACUUUUUAAUUAUUUUUUUCCCUCUGCCUACAGUAUGUGCUUUCUGUAAAUUUUGACAUAAGGUGCUUCUGAUUCAAAAAACAGUCACCUCUGUUCUCAUAAAUUCUCUCAUGAUCUCCACCAACUCCUCGUCUAUCACAUGUCACAUUUCUGCUCACUGUUGCCUUUUUUCAUCGUCAGCGGCUAAAGUCAUAAAGUAAUCAACAACAACAACCAAUUCACCACCUAUGUAACGGUAUUGUGUAAGGCCAGAUGUAUUCAUGGUUCGUUCUUUGUCAACCAUGGCGCUCUGAUUUGCUAAUAUAGGAAAGACAAUGAAAUGUGAACCAAAUGAAAAUGAAAGCGUGUGAUUGAUCACAUAUGAGUCACCGCAGCCAGGAAUUAGGUAAUCCAGUCACCUCUGAAAGCUAAGGCUUUUCAGGGUCAUUUUGGACAAACAAUCAGGCGUAGCCAGUUUGGGUUAUGAGCUAUGACACAUCUAACAACGGUUGCAAUGAUACAGUGUGUGUGUGUGUGUGUGUGUGUGGAUGCUGAGGCCUUGCAUGGAUGGGUGACAGGAUGUAUUUGCGGUGCUGUUUCCUGUCGGGCUGAAGAGAUGGGGGCGAGUGUUGAAAAAGAAAACAUGCUUUUAACUCACCAUACAGAGACAAUCGCGUCACAGUCUUCCAACUCAACAGACCUCAUCACUUCACUGUGGAUUUAUGUGUGUGUGUUCAAGCCAGAAGUGCAGGUUGAGGCUACAGUAAAUGCAUGCUCAGCGGUCCUACUGACAGCCAUGAUGAACUGUGUACAAAUGUGUGUGUGUGUGUGUGUGUGUGUGUACUACUGUGGAUUGAAAUCACAGCCUCAGCAGGGAGGGAGCAUGACAAAGUGGGAGUGCUGCUGCGGGACCAGCAGGAAGCAGUGAGGGAGGGUGAGAAGGGAAGUGGGAGCAUGAAGAAAGUGGAGUCAGAGGUUUGAGUGGGAGACAUUUGCGGCAGGGCAGAUUUGAAUGUCGGUGAUGAGGAAAUGAAGACAAAGACGUCAGAUUACACCUUAACUAUCCCACACCGCACAUAAAGUAUAAUUUCCUGUGUGUAACUGAGUGUCCUGUAUCCAGGGGUGGAAAGAUGUCUACAAUAUCCAGCUCAGUUAGAAUCACUGGUGUUUGACUUAAAUAUUACAAAUGCAGAAUUGAAAACUACUCACAUAAAAAUGCAAAAAAAGACUACUCUUGAGAUGUGCUCAAAGCCCCUGAAAGCCUAUAUUUCAACAGUUAAAUUUAAAGUUGUGUUAUGUGUGGGUACGGUUUGAUCCCAUUUUCUUGAUUGUGGACAACGCUGUCACCCACAACUGUGGUUGAUUGGUUUUUGGGGCCUUUAAGGUUACAAAGAAGCAUAACUACAUCGUACAAAUCCUGAGUUUAAUAGUGAGCUGUGACCAUCUUUUUUCUUAUUAGAAAGCUUUCUAUCAAAAAAGGGAGAAGAGGAUCACUGCAAACUUAAAUGGAAAAUCCUCCUGUUUGCUGAACUGAAGGCACAAGUCUUCUCUCUAAUUUCUGGCUUUUCUUGUUGAGCACAAAACAUGACCAGUAAUCUUCUUAAAUGAUACUGUUAUCUGAUCUGCGAACUAUAAAUUAGAUCCCACUAACAAGUAAUGCUUGUGUAGCCAAAGAUUAACUUAUUCCUAUUUGCCAAAGACCUCUAUUGUUGUCCAGAAAGUGUUAAAUAAAUACAUCAAGGAUCCGUAUUGUGAUGAAGGCAAUUUAGUUUAGGUUUUGAGUCCAUCCCACACAAAUCCACAGCUGACAAUUUUCUAUUUGCUCCUGUCUGAGUAAUGUUUACUCAAAACUCAGAAUGCCUUUUUUUUUAAAUGUAAGAAUGUAUUUGUGACUUGUUUUUAAAGAUUGCCUCACUGGACUGAAAAUAACACAUUGUUGGUUUUGGUCUUUUAAUGGGAUUUGUCAACAGUAACAAAAAGAUAGAAUACCACCAGCCUUAUCCUUUGAGUGUAAGUAAAAUGUGCUCAAAGUUUCUGAAAAAGUUAUUCAGUUACAGUCGGGAUUAUUUUUUGUAAAAUCUCCCAUGUCCAAAAUAAAAUGUGUGAUAAAACGUG